AUGUGGAACCUCAUUCAUGGAUCUCCUGAUGACCUUAGGGCACUCAGCACUGGAAUUCACGAUCGUGGGAUAUAUCUCAUGGUCGAUGCAGUUGCGAAUCGCAUGGGUUACGCUGGUCCUAGUCAUCAUGUCGAUUACAGUCGAGUCGUUCAGUUCAAUAGUAACAGUUAUUUUCACUCAUAUUGCCCAAUCACGAAUUAUGAUGACCAAGCCAAUGUUGAGAACUGUUGUCUUGGGGAUGAUACGCUGUCGCUUCCAGACGUUGACACCUCAAGGGGCAUUUUCAACAGCUAG